UCCCCUCGAGAACCAGGCACUCCUGCAGGCACUCUGCAUCGUGGUGUCAGCUCCGUCGAACCGGGAAGCCUAUCUGCUGCUGCCUGGCGUACUCAGCUCGCCUCUCAAGUCAACCAGCGUACAGCUUCACGACAUCGGGCACUUGGCGCCAGUCUCCUCAUGACUGCCGGUCCACCACAUCCUUUUUCAGGCUCCUUAGGCCUUUAUCCGGCCAUCUCAGACCAACUAAUUGGGCUGACUAACGGCGAGGCCUUUUCCAAUGGUCCAGCUAUGCUGUCCAGCAACGUCAGUACACCGGGAAAUCUGGCCAGCGUCCAGUUCGAGGUGCCCCGACCGCCAGCGCUGAUCCGUUCAGACAACAGCGCACAUCGUGCAACUGUGGGCCUGAUAGAUCUUCAGCCGACCUACGAGUACGUCACAGUACCCAAGCGGUCCCCACAUGCCUACCUCAAAGCUAUUUCGAUCAACCAGAGCCAGUUCUCCAUGCUUCCAGGGCAGACUAACAUCUACGCUGACAACACUUUUAUUGGAAAGGUUUGUGUUAUCUCUGCCUCCAGCUAUGCAUGCGAUUAUGUAAAUACUCCUCUGUAG